UUGAUCAUUAACGCACCGGCCCAACCGAACAGCGUCCCACCGGAAAUCUCCCGUUUAAUAAAAAUGAAAGUAAGCUUUUAGAAAUUAUUUUACUUUGAAUUCUAAUUUCUAUUAUAAAAUAUAAUAAAAUGAUGCUAUAAAUAACACAAAACACUUUGUUACCAUGUUUUUGAGACAUGUUCCCUUGUAAUACCGUGAUUUUUUUAAUGGAGCUACCUUGCAGUUUCAUGUAAAUACUGUGGUAUACAAUGAAGGUAAGGUGAUAAAGGCUCUUCUGGCUAAAUGUUGAUCAUUUGUGUUAUGUUGCCCUCUUUUAAUAAUCUACAGACCUCCCACCUAUAACACUUUGACCCAGAUUCACAGACAAGACUUCAGCAAACUCCAGACUAAAAUACAUGUUUGUGCCGUCUUAACUGAAAACAACUUACACUGAGUGAUCUUAAAAUAUUUCACUGUCAUUGUUUUGUGUCGUACUGCACACCAGUAGACUCCUGUUUUUAUCUGACACACAUUUAAACUAAAAACUACUUAAAUGUCAUCAUCAACUAAAACUUAUUCCUGACUUAAUCUCUGUCUGUAAAACCAGGUCAUGUCUUUUUAAACAUUAAAGGAGCUUAUGUUUGUUUUAAUGCAUUUAUUUAAAAAUGUGUAUAAUCAAUUAUCUGUAGUUUAAACUUCUAUUUAUUUUUCUUUUCUAAAUGUGAAUUGUUUGUGUAAAUAAUGUAAACUAACUCACCACUAGAGGACAAACACUCACACUGACUUUAAUGUUGAAUCAGUUUAGUGACAAACAUCAGAGGGAUUUGAUCUGUUAUUCUCUUAUUUCACCACAAAAUUCACUCAUAUUUAUGGCAGAGCAUUUUCACAAAGGUUUGGCUACUCGAGACUGUGACUUUCUGUAUGAGACUGACAUCUAGUGGACUUGUUUAUUAUAUGACUGACAGCUGUUUGCACACGUUUCAUAAACACAACCAGGAAAUGAUUUGAGUUCAGAGAAACUGAAACUGUUGGGCUGUUGUGUGUUUAGUUUUAUUGUUUGUAAGUAAAUACGGUGAAAUGGCAGAAGCGAGUAUUUCAGUGGUUCAGGAUCAGUUCAUCUGUUCAAUCUGUCUGGAUUUACUGAAGGAUCCAGUGACCAUUCCCUGUGGACACAGUUACUGUAUGAGCUGUAUUACAAACUGCUGGAAUCAAGAUGAUCAGAAGAGAAACUACAGCUGCCCUCAGUGCAGACAGACCUUCAAUACAAGACCUGAUUUAAAUAAAAACACCAUGCUGGCUGAAGUGGUGGAGAUGCUGAAGAAGACAAAACUACAAGCUACUCGUCCUGAUCACAGUUAUGCUGAAGCUGGAGAUGUGAAGUGUGACGUCUGUACUGAGAGAAAACACAAAGCUGUCAAGUCCUGUCUGGUGUGUCUGAACUCUUACUGUCAAACUCAUCUUGAACAACAUGAGAAUUUAUUCAAAGGCAAGAAACACAACCUGAUAGACGCCACUGGACGACUUCAGCAGAUGAUCUGCCCUCAACAUGAGAAACUUUUAGAGAUUUACUGUAAAACUGAUCAGCUCUGUAUAUGUUAUCUGUGUAUGGUGGGGAAACACAAAAAUCAUGAUACUAUACCAGCUAAAGAAGAGAGGACUGAGAAACAGAAAGAAGUGAAGGAGAAGCAGAGAAAAUACCAGCAGAGAAUCCAGGAGAGUCAGAAGAAGCUUCAGGAGCUGAGAGAUGCUGUGAAGACUCAUAAGCGCUCUGCACAGACAGCAGUGGACGACACUGAGAGGAUCUUUACUCAACUGAUCCGAUCCAUAGAGAGAAGACGAUCUGAGGUGACACAGCUGAUCAGAGAUCAGGAAAAGACUGCAGUGAGUGAAGCUGAAGGACUCUUGAAGCGACUGGAGCAGGAGAUUGAUGAUCUGAGGAGGAGAGACGCUGAGCUGGAGCAGCUUUCACACACAGAUGAUCACAUCCAUUUCCUCCAGAGUUUCCAGUCUCUCUCUGUUCCUCCUGGAUCUACAGACUCACUCAGCAUCACUGUCAGCUCUCUCAUCUCUUUUGAUGAUGUAGGAAAAUCUGUGUCUCAUCUGAGAGAGAAACUGGAGGAUUUCUGUAGAGAAGAGAUAGAGAAGAUAUUUGAUCAAAGUAAAGCACCUGAACCUAAGACCAGGGAGCAGUUCCUAAAAUAUUAUCAUCACUUCACUGCAGAUACAAACACAGCAAAUAAAUAUCUCUGUCUGUCUGAGGGGAACAGAGUGAUUAUUUUCACUAAAAGAGUCCAGCAGUAUCCUCAUCAUUCAGACAGAUUUGAUCGUUGUCGUCAGGUGUUGUGUAGUGAGAGUUUGAGUGGACGCUGUUACUGGGAGGUUGAGUGGAGUGGUGAUGAUGUGUUUAUCUCAGUGUCAUAUAAGAGCAUCAGCAGGAAGGGAGUAGGUGAUGAGUGUUUGUUUGGAUAUAAUGAUCAGUCCUGGAGUUUGUGCUGCUAUUACUCCAGAUGUUCAUUCUGGCACAAUAACAUUCAGACUAAACUCCCUGUAGUGCUCAGAUCUUCUAGAAUAGGAGUUUAUGUGGAUCACAGUUCAGGAUCUCUGUCCUUCUACAGCGUCUCUGACACAAUGACCCUCAUCCACAGAGUCAACACCACAUUCACUGAACCUCUCUAUCCUGGGUUUUAUGUUGAUUAUGGAUCAGUGAAACUGUGUGAUCUAACAAUAUAGAUGAUACAGAGAGUCUACAAAUAAUUUUGUCAUAUUAGAAGUCUGAACAUGUUGAAUCAACACAAACAAAUAAUAAGUCUUUUAUUUAUUAAUUAGUAAUUUUAAAUAACUGAUUGUAAUGUUAUAUUUUAAUAAUUUGUAUUUUGUGGGUGGUAAUGCUGCAGUGGAUAAGUCACACGCCUUUGGUGUGAGAGACCCGGGUUUGAAUCCACUGUGACACACCAUUGUGUCCCUGAGUAAGACCCUUAACCCCUAGUUGCUCCAGAGGCGUGCAACCUCUGACAUAUAUAGCAAUUGAAGUCGCUUUGCAUAAAAGCGUCAGCUAAAUAGAGACAGAGCGCUGUUAUGCAAAUUUGAAAACCACGCCCACCAGACAGCUUAUAAAAACCUAUUUCUGUUUUUUUUUGGCUGUUAGCUGUACAUAUUGUCACACAGCAGCUUUUAGGCUUUUUGGUUUUUUGUUAUACGCCAGAAAUGAAAAGGAGGCAGCAUCUCGCAAUAAGUCUAUGGAGACGGUUGGAUUGUUUUCCCCCCAGUGGGCGUGGUUUUCAGGUUAUGUCGCGCCACGUUCUGUCUCUAUGAAUAAGUAAUAAGAGUUAGGGUUAAACAAUAUUGAUUAUGCUAUUCAAGAUGUACAUUUUCACUUUAAUGCGGAUGAUACUGUCAUGUAUUGUGGUGCACCUUCGAAACAGCAAGACUUGCUUUAGAUUCAAGCGGCUUUUGAUGUUAUUCAGUCUCGGUUUCAUACAUUAAAACUUGUCCUGAAUGCAGAUAAAACUAAAUUUAUGUUAAUUUCAGGCUAAAAAAAAGAUCAAAGACAAUUUUAUUCCUGUCCAGACGUCACAGGGCAAUGUGAUUGAGUUGGUAAAAGAAUAUAAAUAUCUUGGCAUUAUUAUUGAUGAUAAAUUAUCUUUUGCGUCUCACAUAAAUAACUUUAAGAAAAAAUUGAAGAUGAAGCUUUGAUUUUAUUGUAGAAACAGGUUUUGUUUUUUGUUUAAUGUAAGAAAGAGGUUAGUUUCUGUACUUGAUUAUGGUGAUGUGGUGUAUUAGUUUGCUUCUUCUCAACUCCUUUCUUUGGAUGCUGUUUAUCACAGCGCUUUAAGAUUUAUAUCAGAUUGUAAGCCUUAAGUCAUCAUUGUAAUAUAGAGUAGCCUGGCCAUCUAAGGAAAAUUAAUUUUUACUUGAUUAUUUAUAAAACUAUUUUGGGGUUGUUGCCUUUGUUUUUAGGUUGUCUCAUAAAUAAAAAGU